AUGGCCACGCUCAUCAACCCAAAGGAGGUAAAUUCAAGCAGAGGUUUCUGUAUGGAUAUUGAAUUUUGGGAGGAGUGUGUUCUCAAGGAAGAUGUUUUCAACUUUGGAAUUGUGCUUCUUGAGCUGAUUACAGGAAGAAAGGCUACUUCUUUACAUUGUUAUGAUGGAAGCUUGGUAAGAGACUUUUCUUUUAGCUCAUCUUGUCUGUGUAAUGCUAUAGAUGAGAUUCUGACAGGGCAAGGGCAUAAGAGUGAGAUUUUGGAGUGCCUCAGGAUUGCAUGUAAGUGUGUGCAGCCCUCUCUUGAGGAAAGGCCAAGCAUGCUUGAUGUGUACAUAACACAGCAAAAGGCUCUUGAAUACUUAUUAGUUGAUGAGAAUGACACAGAUGAUGGACUUAAUGAUAAUGAACUAUCAGAUGAUGAUGAAUUACAUAGUAACACUGGUUUACAGUUCAAAAGAUCAUCUACUGAUGGCACUACUAGGGUAGAAAAUGCUGGACAGGAAGUAUCUGACUUUGUAAAUGAAUACGAAGACUCUGAUGGAGAUGUGAAUUCAGACAGUAUUGAUGAGGAUGGCAUUGAAGAAGGUUCAAGAAAGAGGAGAAAGAGGGUUGCAUAUGAUCCCAGAUGUGAUCAUAAGUAUUUACAGCUGGUUCUUGGAAUGCGAUUUGAAGAUGCACAUUAG